AUGGGCGACCGAAUCGACAACCGACACUUCGACUACGUGCUGCCCGUCCACGUCGAUGUGGACCAAAUAAAUGAAGAGAACAAAACGUGCAUAUACAUUAGUGGCAAUGUGAACCCUCACGUGUAUAGUAAAAACACGAGUGGGAGAUUAACCAAGUUGUUAGGAGGAGCCUACAAUUACCAAUCGGAAGCAGCGAGUGAGGGGGGGGGAGAACCCGGGCAAGUUAGGCAAGUUAGUCAAGCUGGGCAAGCUGGGCAAGCUGCAGUGAAGGAGCAGUGUCGGCCAGGUGGCACGCCUAAGGGUGGAGUGACGACCUCGGAGCAAAUCCUAGCAGAUAGGACUCUCUUGGGUAAUGGCACAAACAGUGUGGUAGCCACCACGGUGAUCGGCCCAACACCAAACACACAGAUGUUUAGCAGAGGAAUCGAAUCACCUCAGUUCAACAUACGGAUAAAAAACACACAAGGGUUUCGAGACGAUCGAGAGAGGACCCUGGAGGAAAUAAUUGUAAAAAAUUUGGAACAAAUAAUCGACCAAAGUAUGUACAAAUUUCAACAGUUCCAUGUCCGCGUUCAAAUUUUACGUGAGUGCACAUACGUUUUACCCAGCAUUAUUAACUCACUUAUUCUUAACUUCAUUUACAAUAACAUAAGUGUAAAUUUUGUGGUGAAUUCUAUUAACAUCGGGAUUGUCGACAAAAGCAAGUAUGGGACUUACGUGACGGAGCUGGCUCGUGUAAGUGCCGGGAAGGUAGUGGAGAGCCCUGUGGGUGCUGUCGCCAAUCGGGGGGUGACCACCCAUCUAGAGGUGCCCUCCUCCCCCGGUGGGACUGCCACCAAUUCGGAGGUCCCCGCCGCUCCUGGGGUGACUGCCCCCCCAUACGCGGACAAACUUUUCUACGCAGACCGACAGAUGUACAUCCCAAAAAUUAUUUUGGACCCCCUCGACGAGGAAGUCGACCUGUACUGCAGCAGCGCCUUCUGCUUCAUCAUCGCACCUGAAUUUCAAAAGGUUAUCUCAAACAUAGCAAUAAAGAACUCUAUCGGGAUCACGUCUGAAGUGUUUAGCCUCUCCAAAUGGUACGCUUGCGAGGUCUCUCGACUUUUGCAUAGCGGCAUCAGGCGCAGUUACGCUACGCACUUGAGGCGGCUGGAAACCAGCCUCGCG